CCAACCAUGGAGCACUCGCACGGCGCCUCACGGCCGACCACCGCCCACCAGGACGCCAACCAGCUGGCUACCGAACUGACGGAGCGCUUUCGCCAGGUCCUCAGCACCAAGCGCAUGAACGAACUCACCUCGCGAUCCGUCCAGUCUCGCUCCGCAUCGCCAGCACCCCGAGACUUUGGCACGCCGCAGCCGCCACCCGUCCAGAACGCCCCGCCCUCGUACUCGUCGCUCCGCAACAUCCCCCUAGUACCGGAACCGCCCCAGGACGCCCGCUCGCUGCGCUUCAAGAACAUGCUCCACUCGCUCUCCAACAUGCCGUUGCGAUGGGAAAACCCCGGUUUGCUCGACGAGGCCCUGCGGGUUGUCCCGCUGGAGCAGAUAUACAGCGAAGCCGAAGAAGAGAGCCAGAUCCUCCAGGCCGAGGCCGAGAGCCUGGGCGCUGGCAAAAAAGCCGCCUGGGGCUACCAGGACUGCGUUGUCCGAGCGCUCAUGCGCUGGUUCAAACGCUCCUUUUUCUCGUGGGUGAACAACCCGCCAUGUGGCCGCUGCUACUCGCCGACGAUUGGCGUUGGUAUGGCCGCACCGCUCCCGGAUGAGCAGGCACGCGGCGCCAACCAAGUCGAGCUCUACAAGUGCUCCCUAGAACACUGCGGUGCUUACGAGCGAUACCCUCGAUACAACGAUGCCUUCGUGCUCCUCCAGACCCGCCGAGGUCGAUGUGGCGAAUGGGCCAACUGCUUCAGCAUGCUUUGCCGCGCCGUCGGAUCAAGGGUCAGAUGGGUUUGGAAUGCUGAGGAUCACGUCUGGACGGAGGUCUACUCCGUCCACCGCAAGCGCUGGGUGCAUGUAGACGUCUGCGAAGAGGCUUGGGACAAGCCUCUCUUGUACACUCAAGGUUGGGGCAAGAAGCUCUCAUACUGCAUCGCCUUCUCUGCAGACGGUGCUAUGGACGUCACACGGAGAUACGUCCGGGACGCGACCAAAUACAGCGCCGAACGCACCCGCGCUCCCGAGGCAGUCCUCCAUCACAUUAUGACCGAGAUCCGGAAUAUGCGACGAAACAACAUGGGCAAGCAAGAGAAGUUCCGCCUCGAGGGCGAAGACAUGCGUGAGGACCGUGAGUUGCGCACAUAUGUCAUCACCUCGAUCGCACAAUCCGUCAGCAAGAUCAACGCCGACGACAUCAUCAGCGGACGAGUCACUGCACGAGCAGACCCAGACGCACCGAAGGCGCUCGAAGGUCGAACGAGCGGUAAUGCCCAGUGGAUCCGUUCAAGAGGAGAACAGGGCCGUGGUACCCCCGGUCAAGAUCCUCAUAACCAGCACCCGCGAUGAGCAAUCUGCCUAUUCCGCACUCGCUUUCUACUCUACCCAUUCGGAAUCGACUCUCGUCACACUAGACCCUCCACGGCUCGGCCUUGCUUCAUUCGCUAUGCCACAGCAUUCGCUAAUCAGCCUGGGUGGAGAUGAGCUACCUCGAUA